AUGCGGUGGCCGAUACUCUUUCUACUCCCAACUAUCGUUAUCGCUUACUGCCCUGAGUUUUUCAAGAAUCAGACAGCAUGUUCAUGUUUCGAUUAUUUCGACGGUUCUGUAAUUCGUUGCUCAGGACAAGAAGGGCCAAUUAUGGUUGAACAAAUGAAGAAAUCACACUUUGAAAUUCGAGAACUUACUUUGGAAAACGCUAACAUUGUCGAAAUUGGACCUCGAGCUUUCAAAAAUCUCCGCAUAAAAAAGUUGGUUCUCGAUAAGAACCGAAUCAAGGAGCUUCACAAGGACGCUUUUCGAGGAUUGGAGAACGUGUUACAAGAAUUGUCGAUUGCUCAAAACAAACUGACUGAGGUUCCAACUGAUGCUCUUGCUGGAUUACGAGCGCUUAACGUUCUAAGUUUGAAGUGCAAUAGGAUCGGAAAUCUAGCCGAACCAAUAUUCCAAAAUCUUACGUCACUAAUCGACGUCAACCUCUCAUGCAAUGAGAUUUGUGGAAUUACUUCAAAUGCCUUCGAUGGAGUUCGUGCUACACUUCAAAACCUUAUUCUCGAUAUGAACUGUAUGGAGAAGUUCCCUGCUGGAGCAGUAACUAAUAUGGAAAGCUUAAUUGCUCUACAUCUUAAGUAUAACAAGAUUGACGAGAUUGAACAACACCAACUGACCAACUUGUCAUCAUUGUCGAUGCUUUCUUUGAGUAGCAACAAUAUAUCUUCCAUUCAUCCGUUUGCACUACAAAACACACCUAAUCUACGGUAUGUGUACCUUGCUGAAAAUCAGCUUCAUAAUUUUGAUGUCGGCACUAUGGCUCAAUUCAAACAAACGCAGGUACUUGAUCUGGCCUUCAACAUGUUAUCAGAAAUCACAGUGGAGACAUUUGCGGGACUAGAAAGCCUACAACAUUUGAAUCUUGAAAGCAACAACAUCAAGACAGUGGCUCCUGGGGCAUUCGCAGGAAUCCCUCUUUUACUUUUAUGGCUGCCGAACAAUUGCCUGAGCACAAUUAGUCCAGCAACAUUCCAAGGAGCAUUGUUCCUACGUCAAUUAUCUCUUGCUAAUAACAACAUCAAGGACAUUGAGCCUCUUUCGUUCAAUCAUCUGGCAAACUUGCACACUAUCGAUCUAGCCAACAACAAAAUACAGUCACUACAACAAGGAGCAAUUCAAGGAACUGAUCAUUUAACAGUCCGACUUCAAGAAAAUCCCAUGGUUUGUUCGCAAGAUGGUUUUCAUGUUAUGAAUGGACCUCAAGCCAUAAAUCUUACAACGGAACCUAACAAUAUCUGUAAGACCAAUUGGCAUGACGCAACACCUGAUGUGUGCCCUAAGGCUCUUUCACGUCCUGCACAACCACCUUGCUGCAAUCGAAAACCUGUAACUACAACUACUACGACGACUACAAGCACCACUACGACUACAUCAGCCACAACGACGGAAACAACAGCUUCCAGUGAUGAAGAAGAGGAAGAAGAUGAAGAAGUGAUAGGGGAGGAAGCCGAUGAGAAUCUGGAGGAGGCUGAAGAACCAGUAACGCAAGACUCUACAACGACACAACCUACAACUACGACAACACCAGAAGCAACGACAACAACUACAAAAGCAUCAAAGAGAAAAGUGAAUAUGGAUCGAUUUUGGCGACUCUCGCAGAGACCCGUUGCUGGUUCACCGUUCAUGCGGCAUCAAAUCAGCUCUGUAUUAAAACCAAAGUACCUUAUUACGACUGCUGCGCCUACACGGUACAACGGGCUGCAAGAGGGGGAAGUUCGUGAUGAAGAAGACGAAGACGAUGGAGCUGAAGAAGAGGAAGAAGAAGAUGAGGAUGAAGAAGAAGAGGUAACAACCAAGAAAUACUCCCGCAGAAUCCCAGCACGAGUGCGAGAACGACAACGGAUGCUCAACAAGAUGCCACCAUGGCUGCAAACAUCUUCCAAGGGAAAGAGUCCAGAGCCAGAGGAAGAAUUUAACGAGGACGGAGAAACAGAAACAGUACAAGUCGAUCAACACGUAAAGCAUUAG